UAAUAAAAUAAAUUCAUAAUUAAAUAUAUAUAAAUAAAUAUAUUUAUUAAUUAUAAUUAGAAAAUGGCCAGUCGCGCUGUGAAAUUCGGUCCUCAUUUAAAAGAAUUGCGUAUUCAUUUGUGCCAGACUCAUGAAACUUCCCAAGGAGUGAGAGACUUCAUGAAUAAGUUUUAUGUGUCGCUUAAAGGAGCCAAUCCCAAUUUUCCAAUAUUAGUGAGAGAAUGUAGUGGAGUCCAACCAAGAGUCUUUGCAAGAUACGAGAAAGGAAAAGAAGUAAGCGUACCACUAACCAACCAAUCAGGCGAGAGUGUUAUGGAGCAAAUUCAAAAAUUAGCUGCAAAAUGUUAAAUUUGUAGUCGAAUAAUUUGAAUUAUGUAAAUAUUAUAGUGAAAAAUAAAUUUUAUUUAAAUACCCUAAA